CGUCUACUCUUUAUUUCUAUCUCUUUUCCUUUUCUCUCUUAAUCAGAAUAUGAUACCCGAAGAAGAAUAUGGCUUGUUAUCGCAACAACCAGAAGAAAUAUCAGAAAAUGAACAGGAAGAAGCUAUAGAGUUUAUUUCAUAUGCUGAGAGUGAUGACGAUGAUGAAGACCCUUAUUUUAUGCCCGAACAUAAUAAACGAACUAGUACUUGGACCUUUCUUAGAAUGACUUGUGCUCCUAUUCAAGUCGUGCGAUUCACGAUACCCGCUAUUUGCAUAUUGACUAUUAUUACUUAUACCAUUGUGAUUGGCGUCUUGACAGGGAAGAAAAAAAUCUGACUUAAAUAAAUCAUUUAUGCAUUCAAGUCCGAAUUUAUUCAUAAGCCCGAGAGAAAAAAAAGUGCGUGGGUGCAGUUAAAUGAAUAUACUCGGGAGGAUAUUGA